CGCGUCUCUUCCACUUUAAGAAGGCGGAUUCGCCUCUGCACACACUGUGUGUUUAUUACGAGCUUUGAAGUGGCACAUGGAAGCGAUACAGUCAAAUCCCUGUCUCUAAAUAUGGCGAAACCUACUGGCACUGACAGCACACGGAACAGUCGGGAAGUUUUUUUGAAUUCUGCUUUUCAUUACGAUGAAGAGUAGAUGAGUUGUCACAUUUUCUGAGGAACUCUGGAGAGCUGAAGACAGGUCAGGAGAGCAGAGACUGAGAUGGAAGAGCUGUCAAGCCCUAACAGACGCCAGUAAGCGGGUAGAUUCAGUAAAUUAGACGCGAUGGCAGCGUCCAGCAACUCCAGUCUGUCGGGUUCUUCCGUCUCUUCGGAUCCUGAAGAUUAUCAGCCACCGAUAUGGAAAUCGUACUUGUACCAGCUACAGCAGGAAACACCAAGACCAAAGAGGAUCACAUGUCCUCAGGAGAUGGAGAGCAGACCCAAAUACUAUGGAAGAGAGUUUCAUGGUCUGGUUUCCAGAGAGCGUGCAGAUGAACUGCUGGCUGGUACAGAAGGUGCUUACCUCAUUAGAGAGAGUCAGAGACAACCAGGAACAUAUACACUUGCUUUGAGAUUUGGUGGCCAGACUCUGAACUACCGACUCUUUUAUGAUGGAAAGCACUUUGUGGGAGAGAAACGUUUCGAGUCAGUUCACGAUCUGGUUACAGACGGCCUCAUUACUCUCUAUAUUGAGACAAAGGCAGCAGAAUACAUCGCCAAGAUGACCACAAACCCCAUCUAUCAGCAUCUGGGCUACACCUCUCUCCUGAGGGACAAAAUCACUCAUCGACUCAACCGGACCCACUCUGAGCCCAAAAAAGUUACUUUCCAGCAGGAUGAAAAGAUCAGCCCAUCACCACUGAGCCGACGGACCACAAUCAAGGACGGACCGGAGAAACACUGCAAUUAUGAGAAGAUCCACAACUUUAAGGUGCACACCUUCAGAGGGCCGCACUGGUGUGAAUACUGUGCAAACUUCAUGUGGGGUCUUAUCGCCCAGGGCGUCUGUUGCUCAGACUGUGGGCUGAACGUGCACAAACAGUGCUCCAAACUCGUGCCCAGUGACUGUCAGCCGGACCUCCGCAGGAUCAAGAAGGUCUUCAGCUGUGAUCUCACCACGCUGGUCAAAGCCCACAACACGCCACGGCCGAUGGUUCUGGACAUGUGUAUCAAAGAGAUCGAGCACAGAGGUUUGAAAUCAGAGGGUCUGUACAGAGUGUCAGGCUUCACAGAACACAUAGAAGAUGUCCGACUGGCCUUCGACAGAGAUGGUGAGAAGGCAGACAUCAGUGCCAAUAUCUACUCAGACAUCAAUAUAAUUGCCGGAGCUCUGAAGCUUUAUUUGCGAGAUCUGCCCAUUCCAGUUAUCACAUAUGACGUCUACUCCAAAUUUAUUCAAUCUGCCAAAAUAACAGACCCUGAUUCUAGACUGGAGGCAGUUCACGAUGGUCUCCUCCAACUUCCUCCAGCCCACUAUGAGACCCUGCGGUACCUGAUGACGCACCUGAAGAGGGUCACCAUGUACGAGAAGGACAAUUACAUGAACUCGGAGAACCUAGGAAUCGUUUUUGGCCCAACACUCAUGCGGCCCCCGGACCUGAACACACUCACCACUCUCAACGACAUGAGAUACCAGAAACUGAUAGUUCAGCUCCUGAUAGAGCAUGAGGACAUCUUGUUUUAAACAGCUGAAAGAGCGUGUACAUUUUAAAAAGCAGCCUGCCACACAUUUCAAAGAUAUUAUGUUUUCUCUUUUGUGUACGAAAUUUGGACUUAUAUGCACAUUUCACUCAAUGUGUUUCAAUUCCCCAAACAAAUACUGAUAAACAUGGAGUAAAUGAACAUUCCUGCUGAAAACAGAAUUAAUUAUUAUUGAUGGGCAUUUUGUUUAAAGGAGUAGU